AUGAAGCCUCUCAAGACCCGAUCGAUCAGGAACACGUUUUUUGGCCGGUUCAGGCACUUCUUGGACGUGAUUGACCCCAGCACGCUCUUUGUGACAGAGAAACGGCUGCGGGAGUGCGUCGAGCUGCUUGACCAUUUCAAGCAAGGAACUCUGCCUCUGGGAGUGACGGAUGCUCAGCUUUGGCAAGCCCAGAAAAUAAAGCAGGCCAUCAUCCACCCCGACACAGGGGAGAAGAUCCUCAUGCCUUUUCGGAUGUCAGGUUUUAUCCCGUUUGGCACACCAGUGGUUGUUGGCCUCCUUCUCCCUAAUCAAACACUCGCGUCUACCGUCUUCUGGCAGUGGUUGAACCAAAGUCACAAUGCCUGUGUUAACUACAGCAACCGCAAUGCCUCCAAGCCAGCUCCAGCUUCCAAGUUCCUGCAGGGAUACCUUGGGGCGGUUACCAGUGCAGUGUCCAUUGCUGUAAGUCCUAGCAAAUCUUGUGUUGACUUGUGUCUAGUGGCAGUGGCACGUUUCCCUCUUAAAAAACAUUCUUCUGUCUUCACAGCGAGUGCAAAUGUCUGCAACGUGGUGCUCAUGAGACACUCUGAGCUGUCGGAGGGCAUCAGCGUGCUCGACAACAACGGCAACGUGGUGGGAACAUCAAGAGUAGCUGCCAGGCAUGCUCUCUUGGAGACAGCCCUGACCAGAGUAGUCAUGCCCAUGCCAAUCCUGGUGCUUCCUCCCCUGAUCAUGUCUGCACUGGAAAAGCUCCCUCUCCUGCAGAGACAAAAGCGGCUCGUCCUGCCUGUCCACAGUCUCGUGUGUCUCGCUGCCUUCGGCCUGGCUCUGCCGCUUGCCAUCAGUUUGUUUCCACAGAUGUCGCAGAUCAGUGUAGAUCAGCUGGAGCCAGAGAUCGCCAUGGCAACCGACUGUAAGAUUGUGACAUACAAUAAAGGACUUUGAGUGAUCGCUACCAAAACUGAAAUGUGAAGAAAGGACGCGCAGCCCGUCGUGGCUCGAGCCGCCCCGACGCUGCCAGGGAAUGAAUUGUGUCAAAUUUGGCUGCUGCUGCAGUGGCUUUAGCACACGUUUGGACAACAACAGCUGAUGCGAAGAAUCAGCAGCAACAGUGAUAAGAAAAUAUGUAUCACAACAUGAGGAGACAAAGCCAAACAAGUGCAUUUUGAGGGUAACAGCCCAGUUAGGUUGAUUAAUUAGGUUAACAAAACCCAUAAGCUUGCUUGGUUCCUUGAGGCUUUUUCCACAACGAGCAGACCGCUAACCAUAGAUCAAUAUAAAAAGAUGGGCAAAUUAAAAUGUCUGGACAAAUAAAUGUGUAAGCUGUGAAUGAAAUGAAGAUACAAAUGCUUCCCGCCUUUUUUUUUGUUUUUGACCCUUCAAUAUGAGUCACUUCCUGUGACCCAAGGCGAUGUAUGUCUAUAACCUGGAAGUAUUUCAAUCAAAGUGGAAAUAAGAAAGCAGCCAAGAUCAAUCUUUUUGUGAUUGUGAUCACUCUUUUGGGUGCUGUGACUCACGUUCGCAACUACUGAUUUAUGUAUUUUUAAAGUAGCUCUGCUGUGAAUUGCGUUUCUCUGGUGUCUGCACAACAAAUAUAUACACAGCCUGAUUGUGUUUGUUUAAGUUUCCUUGCAUCUCAAUGAGCCAAGUCUUCCCUGUGACCACUAUCAGCUUUAAAUUCCUCCAGUGAAAGAGUGACACAGUUUCUAACCACCAUGGCAGAUAAUGAAAAAGUUGCAGUUUUGGUUCAGAGUGAAAGCCAGAACAUUAUAAUUAAGCAAAUAUUGCAAAAGCAUAAA